AUGCUGACUCGCGACAGAAGAUACAGGAAACCACGUAAGGCUGUAAGAUGCUCAUCCGCGAACCCCUUGGUGAAACCUCCGAGGGGAAAGGAGGAGGAGGAGGAGGAGGAGGAGGAGGAGGAGGAGGAGGAGGAGGAGGAGGAGGAGGAGGAGGAGGAGGAGGAGGAGGAGGAGGAUCUGAAUGAAAAGGGAUUUGAUGGAGGACGAGGAGAAAAGAUUGAGGAAGAGAAAGAAGAAGAGGAAGAAGAAUAAGGAGAAGAGAAAGAGGACGAAAAGGAAGAAGAAAAGGAGAAGACUAAGAGCAAUAAGAAGGGGAAGAAGAAGAGGAAAAAGAAAAAAAAAGGAGUAAGAGAAAUAAGACGGUGAAGAAGAGGAAGAAGAAGAAAGAGAAGAAGAAGGAGAAGAAGAAGAAACGGGCAAGGAUAGCACUCAUUCUACACGCUCUCCGAAUUCAGUGCCAUGUGACCUCGUGUCAAUGUGGCACUCGACACCUCGGAAAGGGUGCCGCGUGUCGCCGCCUAGUGCCGGAUGUGCGUGGAAUCCAUUAUG